AUGGCGGAAGCAGAUGGAAAAACAUUCGAGGGUGAGAAAAAACGUUCAGAAAAUUGGUCGGAGGAGAAGAUUUCAGUUUUAAUUGAAAUAUGGCGGGAAAAGAUAGAUGAUUUACGUCGAGCGAAACGAAAUAAAAGUGUAUAUGAGGCAAUGGCGGCAGAAAUUCGUCUUCGGAGGCCAACCUCCAGAGCUAGAACGUGGUCGGAAGUAAGGACGAAAAUUAAAAAUUUAACUGCCAAAUACAGAGAAGAAGUAACGAAGAUUGGGCAUUCGAGAGGCAGCCCAUCUACCUGGCAAUAUUUCCAGGCAGUUAAUAGCAUUAUAGGACAUCAGCCAGCCCAGAAUAUAGCAUUAAUCGAAGAGAGUUGUAGCAAUGUGUUACCAUCACUCAAAUUGGAUACAGGUAAACUAUCAUUAGAUGUAUCCUAUUUGUCUAUAUCAAGAUCUAUUACUUAA